UGGGGGAGGAAUAAAAAUAAAGCGAGACGAGAGGAGAAUCCCAAUUCCCCAAGUACUACUACUCUUCUUCUCCUACGCAGGCAGGAGAGAGCACAGCACUACUACAACUACAAGAGAGGAGAGGAGAGGAGAGGAGAGAGAGGGCGGCAGAGGGGUGCAGCAGGGGGCAGAAGCAUUAGAAGGGGCAGUUGUAACCAAGUGGCAGCAGUAGAUAGAGCCAGAGCCAGAGCCAGCCAUCUAUCUCUUCUCUUCUCUACAGAUCGCGGCGACAAGAUAAGCACGCGCAGAUUUCUGGAUCAAUCUCAGCUAGGCACAAGCCCGGAGCAGCAGCCAUGAUGCUGGAAGACCAAUCCUGCCUCGUCCCGCGCUCCCUGCCGGCCGCCUGCUGCGACCCGGACUCCGACUGGGCCUACCACGAAAUCCCCGUCCUCACCGGCAAGCGCCCGGCGCCGGAGGACGACUUCCAAGACAUGGACGACGAUGCGGACGGCGGCGGGAAGCGCAGCAAGUCGCCCUCCCCGCAGCCGCACACGCCCGACAUCACCGAGGACCACGGCUCCAGCCGCCACGUCUCCUCCGGAGACCAGCAGCAGCAGCAGGGCUCCGGGACCAAUCUCAUCGGCGAGAUUGGCCGGGACCUCUCCAUCAACUGCCUCCUCCGCCUCUCCAGGUCCGACUACGGCUCCGUCGCCUCCCUCAACCGCGACUUCCACGCCCUCGUCAGCCAAGGGGAGAUCUACCGCCUCAGGCGCCAGACCGGGGUCGCCGAGCAUUGGGUCUACUUCUCCUGCAACGUGCUCGAGUGGGACGCCUACGACCCCUACCGCCAGCGCUGGAUCCAGGUGCCCAAGAUGCCGCCCGACGAGUGCUUCAUGUGCUCCGACAAGGAGUCACUCGCCGUCGGCACCCAGCUGCUCGUCUUCGGGAUGGCGCACAUUGUCUUCAGAUAUAGCAUCCUCACCAAUUCCUGGACCAGGGCUGGGGCCAUGAACUCGCCACGCUGCCUGUUCGGAUCCACCAGCGUCGGCGAGAAGGCGUAUGUCGCCGGGGGCACUGACGCCUCCGGGAAGAUAUUGAGCUCCGCGGAGAUGUAUGACUCCGAGACGCUUAUCUGGACGCCCCUCCCCAGCAUGCACAGGGAGAGGAAGAUGUGUUCCGGGGUCUUCAUGGAUGGCAAGUUCUAUGUCAUUGGUGGUGUUACCCAUAACAACAAGGUGCUGACCUGCGGGGAGGAGUAUGACUUGAAGCGCCAGUCCUGGAGGGUCAUCGAGAACAUGUCCGAGGGCCUCAACGGCGUCACUGGUGCUCCUCCGCUCAUUGCCGUUGUCAACAACGAGCUCUACGCGGCUGAUUACAGUGAGAAGGAUGUAAAGAAGUAUGACAAGCUCAACAAUAAGUGGAUCACUCUCGGGAAGCUGCCGGAGCGGUCCGUGUCCAUGAAUGGCUGGGGCCUCGCUUUCAGAGCGUGCGGCGACCGCCUCAUCGUCAUCGGAGGUCCAAGGACCUCUAUCGGUGGCAUGAUUGAGCUCAACUCAUGGGUCCCGGAUCAGCAACCGCCUGUCUGGAAUUUGGUUGCCAGGCGCCCAUCCGGGAACUUCGUCUAUAACUGCGCCGUCAUGGGCUGCUGAGUCUGCUCAAUAAAAAGAUUCAAUCAACGCAGUGGAUAAUUUAUCAAGGAGGAUGAUGAUAGUAUGCACAAAGGCAGCCCCGCCCGCCCGCCCCUGUUCAAUUGCUCCAGCCCUGAUUCUUCGUAGCCAUUCUGCCCAGUUUCAGACAUUAACUGGGCCAACCUGCUGAGCGGCACCAGCAGUCUCAUGUAACCCCUUGAGUUCUAAUACUCUUUCUGUUUUCCCCUCGCUAAUCCAUUUCUACAUUUGCAUUUGGAUCAACAGCUCGUGAUUUCAAAGAUACGAGACUAUGCAAAAAACAAAAAAGACAGUGUUAUAUUAAUAAUCUAGAAACAACUCCAGAACUGUUGAUGAUGAACAACCUGUUAAGCAAUACUUGAUUCAUCUUUGGCUGCAGCAAGGGCAUAUUUUUAAUUUUCUUUUAUGAUGAAUAACUGUACCUCCUAUUCAUUGGUACAAUUCUUCUAUAUCCAGUUUGGUUCAAGAUGAUAUGCAUUCCUUGAAUUAUGUCAUCA